GAGAGCAAGCAACAACAACUAGCUCGAUCAGCUUCACCUUCACGUACUCGCUAGCGAGAUACACCAACGUACCAAUGGACGUAGCUAGCGCACUGCUGCCGGUCCUAAGCUCCAAGCCGGACAGGUCGAGGCCGGCAAUGGAGGUUCAGAUCCUAAGCUCCAAGCUCGUCAAGCCAGCUGCGUCGACCGAUGCCGCCGCCGUGGACGAGUACGUCCCUCUCUCCACCUUCGACAGGGUAACGUACCAGAUCCAAAUGGCCAUCAUCUACGUCUUCGCGCCGCCGGUCCCCUCCACGGCCGCCCUCGAGAAGGGCCUAGCCGUGGCGCUCGCCCAGUACCGCGUCUUCGCGGGGCAACUAGUCGUCCGCGGGGAGGCACCCGGUGGAGGCCCGGCGGUGCUGCUCAACGACCACGGCGCGCGCGUCGUGGAGGCGUCCGUGGACGCCGAUCUCGUCGACGUGGCGCCGCCCAAGCCCAAGCCGGAGCUGCUGUGGCUGCACCCGAACCUGGAGGAGGCGAUGGAUGAGGUGGUGGUGCUGCAGCUCACACGGUUCCGCUGCGGCUCCCUCGCCGUCGGGUUCACGGCCAACCACGCCGUCACCGACGGCCGUGGCACCAGCAACUUCCUCGUCGCCUGGGGGCGCGCCACCAGGGGACUAGCCAUGGGCCUCCCCCCCGUGUACAACCACGACGAGCUCUUCAUGCCCCGAUCCGUGUCCCGCGUCGAGUUCGACCACCGCAAUCGGGAGUAUUACCUGCCACCGUUGCUCACCAACAUCGGCAGCGAGGCCGUCGACGACGUCAAGAAGAACAGCAUCGUCAUCCACAAGACGCAUUUCACCAAGGACUGGAUAACACUUCUCCGUGCCAGAGCGUCGGAAGGCCUUGACCGCCCGUUCAGCCGGUUCGAGACAAUCCUCGCCCACCUGUGGCGCGCCAUGACGCGCGCGCGGGGCCUUGGCCACAACGAGACAUCUACGAUCCGGCUGUCGGUGGACGGCCGCGACCGCCUCGGCGUGCCGGCGGAGUACGCCGGUAAUCUCGUCCUGUGGGCGUUCCCGCAAGCCACGGCGGGCGACCUGCUGAACCGGCCGCUGAAGCAUGCGGCGCAGGUCAUUCACAACGAGGUGGCGAGGGUGGCUGACGCCGACUACUUCCGGUCAUUCGUGGACUUCGCGAGCUCCGGCACCGUCGAAGAGGAAGGACUCGCACCAAGCGCCGCGUUGAACCUGAGAGAAGUGCUGUGCCCGGACCUGGAGGUGCACAGCUGGCUCACCUUCCCGUUCUACGACCUGGACUUCGGCACGGGGACGCCUUCGUACGUGAUGCCGUCCUACUUCCCGGCAGAGGGGCUCAUCUUCCUCAUGCCAUCCUACAUCGGCGACGGUAGUGUGGAUGCCUUCGUGCCGGUGUUUCAGUGCAACGUCGAGGCCUUCAAACAAUGCGUCUACUGCAUCUCAAUGAAUGAUAUGGAGUAGCCAAGGAAGCCAAUCUACAACAAGGACAUGCAUGAAGAUGCAUAAAACGAAGUUACUUACGUGCCAAAUAAAUCUGCAUGCCUUCAAUGCAUGCAAUGAGCCACGAAAAAUAAAACUGCAUAUCGAUGUCAUAGGUAUAUGCGGUGCAAUAGUUUGCGUAAAUUCAUUAUUAUUAGUUCCGCACCAUAUUUUUUGUUUAUUUGUUGUGAAAGUUUUUUUUAACUUGUGAAAGUAUGUGUGCCAUACGAA